UCUUAUCCUUAGGACAAACACAAGCUAUAUCCUAAGUGUUUCUCCUCUCUAAAACAACCUCUUCUUACAAACUACUUCUCCAAUUAGUGAAAAAACCCGACACCAAGAAAAAAAAAAGAAGCAUGGAAGGAAAAGGGUAUUUCCGUGGGGGAUGUUUUGAGAAGGCUAAGCCAUACAUAGCCAUGAUCUGCUUGCAGUUUGGCUAUGCCGGGAUGAACAUUAUUACGAAGGUUUCUCUUAACAGAGGGAUGAGCCACUAUGUUCUUGUUGUCUAUAGGCAUGCUUUUGCCACUGCAGUUAUUGCACCGUUUGCAAUACUGCUUGAGAGGAAAGUGAGGCCAAAGAUUACAUUUACUAUGUUCUUGCAGAUAUUUGUGUUGGGACUUCUUGGGCCCGUCAUUGACCAGAACUUCUACUAUAUGGGGCUUAAGUUCACUUCUCCAACUUUUUCAUGCGCGAUGAGCAACAUGCUCCCUGCCAUGACGUUUGUCAUGGCAGUCCUUUGCAGGAUGGAGAAGGUGGACAUCAAGAAGGUUCGAUGCCAAGCAAAGGUAUUAGGAACGAUAGUGACGGUUGCAGGAGCCAUGCUGAUGACUCUCUACAAGGGUCACUUGGUGAAAAUGGCGUGGUCCAACUACAUUCAUCCUACAAAGUCCUAUGAUGUCUCUAACACAGUUCAACCGGACAGCGAAAAGGACUGGCUCAAGGGGUCGAUCCUCCUCAUUAUCGCCACCCUCGCCUGGGCAUCCUUCUUCAUCCUCCAGGCCAUUACACUAAGGAAAUACACGGCACAGCUGUCUCUCACAGCACUUGUGUGCUUCAUGGGAACGCUGCAAUCCAUUGCCGUGACCUUUGUGAUGGAGCACACCCCACAUGCUUGGAACAUAGGGUUCGACAUGAAUCUCUUAGCAGCUGCUUAUGCUGGGAUUGUUUCGUCAGGGAUAGCAUACUAUGUGCAGGGGCUGGUGAUGCAGAAAAGAGGGCCGGUUUUCGUGACAGCAUUCAGCCCGUUGAUGAUGAUCAUCGUGGCUGUGAUGGGUUCAUUCAUCCUGGCUGAGAAAAUAUAUGUUGGAGGGCUUCUUGGGGCAGCCCUGAUUGUGGUAGGGCUCUACUCAGUCCUAUGGGGCAAAUACAAAGAGUACAAGGAAUAUAAUGAAGCAGAAAUCCCUGAGCCAGUAAAAGAUGGGAACAACCAGUGUCCAACAAUCAUGGAAGACAUAGAAGCAAAUGUUGUGGAAGAUCAUAGCAGAGAAGAUUCUAGAAUGUCUGUUCCGGCAGUAGCCAUUAGUGCCCCAAUCCCACAGCCUCCCAUGCUGGCCUUUCAGGCACCUAAGGCAUGAGGCUCAUGCAGGGGCAUUCUAGUCAUUUCAUCAUACUACUUUUUUUCUUUUUCUUUUUUUUCUUCUUUGGUGUGGGUAAGUUAGAGGGACUUGUAAUUUUUGGUGGAAGGUGAAAGUUCCUCUGGAGAAUUUUAUGAAAAAAAAGGAAUUUUGGUUGUUUAUUAAA